ACAGGGAAGAGAGAAUCUGGUGUGGUUUGAGCUGUGGCAUAGCUGUCCCUUGGAUGAAUUAUUUUUGAGACCUUCUCUGCUCAUAAAAAAGAGGCAGUGAGUUCAAAAAUCCCUGGGACAAACCCUUUUCUGGCACCCUCUUCCUCUCUUCUUCUUCUGCCUCAUGUGAGAUGAAGAAGAAACAAGGACACUCCUUUAAUCUAAGACUCCUCCUCGUUGCCUUCUUUCUGGCCACAUGUGCCAAUGCCUCCCUUCUCACGCCAACCCAAUCGCGCCAUCUUCUGUACUACAGAGACGAGUUUGGAGAUAGAGGAGAGAAUGUCACCGUAGACCCUUCCCUUGCUUUCGAAAAUGACCGUCUCAGAAACGCUUACAUAGCUCUGCAAGCUUGGAAGCUCGCCAUUUUAUCUGAUCCCCGCAACCAGACAACCGACUGGGUAGGAUCCGAUGUUUGUAGCUACACCGGUGUAUACUGUGCACAAGCGCUCGACAACCCCUCCGUCCGUACAGUCGCCGGCAUUGAUCUCAACCAUCAGGACAUUGCCGGCUAUUUACCGGAGGAGCUCGGUUUGCUAGUAGAUCUUGCACUCUUUCACAUCAACUCCAACAGAUUCUGCGGCACUGUGCCCCACACGUUCCGGAAGUUGGUACUCCUCUACGAGCUGGAUCUCAGUAACAACCGCUUUGCGGGGAGGUUCCCCGAGGUGGUCCUGCGCCUUCCUUCGCUCAAGUUCUUGGAUCUUAGGUUCAACGAAUUCGAAGGAGCUGUGCCCAGGGAAUUGUUCGACAAAGAUCUCGACGCCAUUUUCAUCAACGACAACCGUUUUGUCUUUGACCUUCCAGAUAACUUCGGCAACUCCCCCGUCUCCGUCAUCGUCCUCGCCAACAACAGAUUCCACGGCUGCAUUCCCCACAGCCUCGGCAACAUGUCCAACCUCAAUGAGAUCAUUCUCAUGAACAACGCAUUCCGAUCCUGCUUGCCCUCCGAGAUAGGCUUGUUGAAGAAUCUCACGGUGUUCGACGUCAGCUUUAACCAACUUCUCGGCCCCUUACCAAGCGCCGUUGGAAAUGCCGUCAGCUUGGAACAGCUCAACGUGGCCCACAACUUACUCUCCGGUCAAAUUCCUCCCAGUAUAUGUAUGUUGCCUCACCUUCUCAACUUCACUUACUCCUUUAACUUCUUCACCGGCGAACCUCCUGCCUGUCUCGCCUUGCCGGCGUUUGACGAUAGGAUCAACUGCUUGCCGGCGAGGCCCGUUCAGAGGCCUCCGGCGCAAUGUCAGGCUUUCUUGUCUAAGCCUGUGGACUGUAACUCCUUUAACUGCAAGCCAUUUGUUCCUUCACCUCUUUCCCCCACAACACCUGCAACUCCUUCACCACCAUCUCCUGGGACACCGUCGUCUCCAUCACCUGGGACACCUUCACCAGUAACUCCUUCGCCUCCAUCACCUGGGACACCUUCGCCUGUAACUCCUUCACCACCAUCUCCUGGGACAGCUUCACCUGUAACUCCUUCACCACCCUCUCCUGGGACACCUUCACCUUUAACUCCUUCGCCUCCAUCACCUGGGACACCUUCACCUGGAACUCCUUCACCACCAUCUCCUGGGACACCUUCACCAGGAACUCCUUCUCCUCCGUCACCUGGGACACCUUCACCUGUAACUCCUUCGCCUCCAUCACCUGGGACACCUUCGCCUGUAACUCCUUCGCCUCUAUCACCUGGGACACCUUCACCCGUAAGUCCUUCGCCGUUACCUUCACCUACAACACCUUCGCCUCCUUCGCCUGCCGCACCUUCCCCAUUACCUUCACCUACGACACCUACGUCACCUACACCUCCUUCGGAACCACCGGUGGUGGGGCAUUCCCCUCCACCCCGGUCAGUGGCACCUUCUCCACUACCACCCAUUCACACUCCUCCUUCACCGGUGUAUUUGCCACCACCACAUUCUUCCCCUGCUCCACCUGGCUACUCUUCACAACCUCCUCCACCUUCGCAAUUGCCCCCUCCAUCAUACACUCCGCCUUCUCCAGUGACACCUUUUCCUACUCCAACGCCACCCAAUGGUGUCCACUCUCCGCCGCCACCGGCGCCUACAUUCUCGACACCGCCACCUUCACAUAAUUAUGGCUCAUCGCCACCUCCUACACCUCAUCCCUCACCAUCACCUCGUCCUUACCCUUAUUUAUCACCCCCGCCACCUCCUUAUCCUGUUCGUGUUCCACCUCCACCACCACCUUGUACAGAACUUCUUCCACCUCCUCCGCAAUCAACACCUUCUCCCACACCUUACCUCCCACCACCAUCCUCGUCUCACCCACCUUAUCACCCAUCACCAUCCCCUUCUCACCCAUCACCUUAUCACCCGCCACCAUCCCCUUCUCCAUCUCCAACUCCUCCGGUUCAAUACAGUUCGCCUCCCCCGCCGCCUCCUCCACCAGCAGUUUCUCCACCGCCACCUGUUGUAUACCAAAACCCACCACCUGCCCCUGUAUAUGAAGGGCCAUUGCCACCCAUCGUGGGACUCCCAUACGCAUCGCCUCCGCCACCACCCUUUUAUUGAUUCUUUUGAGGACUUUUCCCUCGUCGGGUAACAAGAGUCACGCUUUUUUUUUUUUAUUAUUGCGGCCGUUUCUUCUGUGGUGAUACCCUCGAAUGUCAUGCGACUCUCGUCGCUUAUGAAGGAAACAUCGUACGAGACAACCACAAGAUCUAGCGAAACAGCUUUUUGUUCUUUAUAUCUAUCGACAAUAGAAACAGAGAAGAGGUUGCAGCAAAACGGGGUUUAUAAGAGGAGAAAUUAAUUCUCUCUCCUUAUUGACUUGAAUUAUUAUGAAUAUUGCAGUUGAGAAAUAAGAAUGGCAGAGAAAGAGUAGGUCGCAGAGCAAAUGUAUGUAUAGGGAUGAAUGGGAGAGCAUAAGUUAUGGCUGCAAAGGCAGUUGCAUUGCAGUUGCACUUUGUGCUGCCGCUGAUGGUUACUAGUGUAUCGUUAUUGUCUCUAUUAUAUCACACUACUUUAUUUAUUUAUUUAUAAAUUUUGUUUCUUUUGUUUGCUA